ACUGAGUCACAUCGAUACACACCCGCUCUCUGCAUGCACACACAUGCACGCACACACACGCACGCACACAAGAACAGCCUCCUGCGGUAUCCCAUACGGUGCAGUGGCUUUUCCAACGGCAUACAAAGUGUAUCCUCGCCUGCGAAUGGGAAGUGGAGCUCCCGGGUCUCAGAGCGCUCAGAGCGGCGUAGUAAGGUCCUGCUGAUCGGCGAUGCUCCUGGAAGUCUGCUGCAAUUUAUUUUUUCCUGUGCAGGAAUCGCCCUCUAACUACACCUCUACCGGGGAUUUUAAAGUGGACAAGACGUGUGAUCAGGAUAUAACGUUAUUUUAAGCAUUUCUCUUUUUUUGGGGGGAGUAAAAGGAGUUGGGGAUUGCUCUGGAAGUGCCUCUUAUCCGCAGUGUCGCUGCGGCUGUGAAGUGAUAUCUGCAUUGAUUACAGGUACAUGAUGUCCUCAAUCUCAAGAGAGGCUUGAUCUUGAUUGGCCGACAGCACUGGACUGUGCCUCCUUCCCUCUCCUCACCACUCCCAGCCUGAGAACAGCCAUGACGUCCCUAACGAGGACACGGACCUGCUUUUUUGUAUACUGCUUCCUGUCCAGUCUGGAGCUUCCUGUGACAUCACAAACCGUGGUGCAAGCCGCACAAGCCCACAGUGCCGGCUCCCAGGUGAUCACAGCAUCCCUUCAGGAGGACGAGUAUGCAUCAUUUCAUGCUGAGAACCCUGCGUGGAAAUUCAACCAUAUUGCAGUGGACUAUCGCAAUGGCAAUGUCUAUUUGGGAGCUGUUAAUCGCAUAUACAAACUGUCCCCCAGCCUGGAGGUCCAGGUGUCCCAUGAGACUGGUCCAGAUGAAGACAACCGCAAGUGCUACCCACCCCGUAUUGUGCAGCCCUGCAGUGAGCCGUUAUCGCUCACCAACAAUGUCAACAAGAUGCUCCUGAUGGACUAUCGGGAGAACCGGCUGCUAGCGUGUGGCAGCCUCUACCAGGGCAUCUGCAAACUCCUCCGCCUAGAUGACCUCUUCAAACUGGGUGAGCCCUUCCACAAGAAGGAGCACUACCUCUCUGGUGUCAACGAGAGUGGCUCUGUGUUUGGCGUCAUUGUGUCAUAUGGGAAUGCCUCUCCAGACAUGCUCUUUAUAGCUACAGCAGUGGAUGGCAAACCAGAGUACUUCCCUACCAUCUCUAGCCGCAAGUUGGCCAGAAACUCUGAGGAAGAUGGCAUGUUUGCCUAUGUCUUCCACGAUGAGUUUGUGGCCUCUAUGAUUAAAAUCCCUUCAGACACCUUCACUGUCAUCCCAGACUUUGACAUAUACUACAUUUAUGGCUUUGCCAGUGGGAACUUUGUGUACUUCCUGACUUUGCAGCCGGAAAUGGGGAACGGGCCAACUACUGGAUCCUCUACUGGUCGGGAACAGGUGUACACCUCCAAGAUAGUCCGCCUCUGCAAGGCUGACACCGCCUUUAACUCCUACGUGGAGGUCCCUAUUGGAUGCAUUAGUGGCAACGUUGAGUACCGAUUACUCGAGGCGGCCUACCUCUCCAAAGCUGGUGCUACCCUGGCACGCUCACUAGAUGUGGAACCGGAUGAUGAUGUUUUGUUCACCAUUUUCUCAAAAGGCCAAAAGAGGCGUCCACGUCAGGCGUCACAGGACUCUGCACUGUGUGUGUUCUCUCUGCGAAAGAUCAAUGAGAAAAUCAAGGAGAGGCUGCAGUCGUGCUACAAGGGUGAAGGCACACUGGACCUGGCCUGGCUCAAAGUCAAAGAUAUUCCCUGCAGCAGUGCGCUGUUGACCAUUGAUGAUGACUUUUGUGGCCUGGACAUGAAUGCGCCGCUGGGCGUGUCUGAGAUGGUGCAUGGAAAGCCUCUCUUAACCGACGCUGUGGACAAAAUGACCUCCGUCAUUGCAUACGUCUACAAGAACCACUCGCUGGUCUUCGUGGGCACAAAAAACGGACGCGUCAAGAAGGUGGAAGGAGCAGCGUAUGUGGGAUCGUUUGCCUGGAAGUCUCAGAGCAUCGGGAUGUGGGAUCGCCCUCGAGGAGAGAACAUGCUGGACAGCGGGGCGCCUUUCUACGACACCUACCAGACCUCAGAUGGAAAAUACGUGGCCGUGGGCGCCAUCGAACCGCAGUUUUACACUCAACUGCUGAAGGGUUCGUACUGCGCAGAACCGACAAACGGUUAUAUAAUGCUGCUCUUAUGA